AUGUGUUGAUCCACUGCACCGUUAGCUUAGUUAUAAAACGAUCAUCAUGCUGUCUUUGGAGCAAGUGAAGCAGAGUUUGGAGACAGCGGGACAGUCUCACAUCCUGCAGUUCUGGUCGGAGCUGUGUGAGGAGGAGAGGGACACUUUCCUGCAGGAGCUGUCUCAGCUGGAUCUAAAGGGACUGAAGGGUCACUGUGAGGGGGCUGCGAGGGCUGCAGCUUCCCCUCCUGACAGCCUGGAUCAACACUUAGAAGCUGUCCCUCCUGAGUUCAUCGGCAGCGUGAGGACAAGUGACAAAAAGUGUCUUGCAGAGUGGCAAAAUGAAGGGCUGUUGCAAAUCUCACAGAAUCGAGUUGCGGUCCUGCUCUUGGCCGGUGGUCAGGGGACCCGUCUUGGUGUUCAGUAUCCUAAAGGAAUGUAUAACGUUGGGCUACCAAGCGGUAAAACCUUGUAUCAGAUCCAGGCAGAGCGCAUUCACAAAAUCCAACAGCUGGCAGAAGCUAAGCAUGGCUCAAAAUGCACCGUUCCAUGGUACAUCAUGACCAGUGAGUUCACUCUGGCUCCUACUGAGAAGUUCUUCAAAGAGAACAACUACUUUGGUCUGGAGCCGUCACACAUGGUUAUGUUUGAGCAAAGGAUGAUCCCAGCGGUCACUUUUGAUGGAAAGGUCAUCCUGCAGAGUAAAGGGAAGUUAGCCAUGGCCCCAGAUGGGAAUGGUGGUCUGUACCGGGCGUUGGUGGACAACAAGGUACUGGAGGACAUGGAGAAAAGAGGAGUGGAGUACCUGCAUGUGUACUGUGUGGACAACAUCCUGGUCAAGAUGGCUGACCCUGUGUUCAUUGGGUUUUGUAUUAGCAAAGGAGCCGACUGUGGAGCCAAGGUGGUGGAGAAAGCGUACCCUACUGAGCCAGUGGGCGUGGUUUGCAAGGUGAAAGGCGUUCCCCAGGUGGUCGAGUACAGUGAGAUCCAACCGGAGACGGCUCAACUCCAAGGACCUGGAGGAGAGUUGGUCUACAGUGCUGGAAACAUCUGCAAUCACUUCUUCACCAGGACUUUCCUGCAGGAUGUGGCAGAGAAAUUUGAAAGCCAAUUGAAACAACAUGUUGCAAUCAAGAAGGUCCCAUUUGUAGACACAUGUGGCAAUCAAGUCAAACCCACCAAACCUAACGGCAUCAAGAUGGAAAAAUUUGUGUUUGAUGUCUUUCCAUUCUCAAGGAACUUUGUUGCGUUUGAAGUUAGGAGGGAGGAUGAGUUCUCCCCUCUGAAAAAUGCAGACGGGGCAGCUUCAGACAGUCCAACCACAGCCAGAAACUCUUUGCUGUCUCAACACUGCCGCUGGGCCACAGCUGCAGGAGCCACACUGCUGGAUGAACACGGGAAUAACCUUUCUACUACAGCCAGUGUGUCAGGAGGGGACAGUCCUCCAGCACAAUGUGAGAUUUCACCACUGGUCUCUUAUUUUGGAGAGGGCCUGGAGCCGCUGCUUAAAGGGAAGACACUGCCAACUCCUUUCAUUCUGGAUGAAAAAAGAGCCAAAGAGCUGCAUGCUCUGUAACAUUUCUUUGAUGAGUAAAAUAGUGUGCGAUGGCAGCAGAGAUUCUACCACAGAGGAGCACAGCAUGGAGAUACAAGCCUGGAUUGAUGUGAUUUGGUAGUUUUCAGCCUGAGAAUUGAAAUGAAUCUUAAACUGUGUGAAGAUAAUCAUAUCAAACUGCCAUUUUAUGUCUCAUGUAAUUGUCACUGUGCUACAAAGCGUGUGACAUGAACACUUGAAAACAAAUUCUACAAAUAAGGGACUCUCUGAUUUACAGGGAUUAUAUUCACAUUGUUUUGUUCAACAUAUAACAAAAAUAUAAUCAGAAUGUACUCCCACCGUGUAUUUAUUUGAGUAAAUUACAGUAAUUCUUCUCUCUUCUAUAC